AUGUCGAUGGCGCCCGCACAGAAUGUGCUGUCUCUCAUCCAGAGCUUGCGCUCUACCCCUCCCCGACUGAUCCUUUCUCCUCCCUCCCAACCUCGCCGUGCCAGUGUUGCUCUGAUCCUGCGGAUGCGGCCCGCGCCGGACCUCGUGUUCGAGGGUAACGAACCUGCCGGUUACACGGGACCGGUUGUGCCGGCUGACGAGUUUGGAAUCGGUCUUCCGUUCGAUGACUUCCUUCGUCUCGACUGGGUCAAUCACCCGGACACGGUCCCCGAGCUGCUCUUUAUCCGUCGAGCCCCUGCGGGCGGUGCGUCCGGCAGCGCUGCCUCUCGUUGGUCGAGCCACAUUGCAUUCCCAGGUGGUCGUCAGGAGCCCUCGGACGAGUCCUCCGUCUAUACGGCCCUGCGUGAGACCUGGGAGGAGGUCGGCAUCGACCUCGCUGAGUCGGACUUUGUGCAGGUCGGACGUCUGGAUGAGCGUGAGAUCACGACGAGUCUGGGCAAGCGCCUGCUGAUGAUUCUGAGUCCUUUCGUUUUCCUCCAAACCUCACCGUUUAGCCCGACGCCGGAGCUUCAGCCGUCCGAGGUCUCGACGGUUCACUGGAUUCCUCUGUCUUCCCUCGCCCCGCCCUUCGAGCAGAGCCAGUGGGCGCACAUCGACAUCGACAUUAGCACUCGACUGAGCCCGCGCAACCAGCUGAUCCGUUGGGCGCUCCGCGGAUUAGUCGGCAAGAUGCAGUUCGGCUGUAUCCUUCUGCCCGACGAGCCAGACUACGUUGCCGAAGGCUUCGACAUGAACAUGGACUUUGAGCAGCCGGUCGACGGCGGCAGCGGAACGUGGUACGACGCGAAGAGCGGCCGACGGCUGUUGCGCCUGUGGGGUUUGUCUCUCGGCAUGACGCUCGAUCUUGUCGCGCACUGCCAGCAGGACACGAUUCUGAUCAACGGCAAUGUACCGCGCAGCCGAUCGACGUCGACCGGAUCGUCGCCGGAGCGGUCAAUCUUCGGCCCCAAGACGCCGGUCACUGUGCAGUCGUCGUUUGACGCGCACUGGUUCCCCGAGGAGUCUGGUGGUGCCCGUGUCACGACAAUGACGCAGGGCAGCGGCACUCGCCGCAAGCCGAGCGUCACGAUCGUCGACAAGCGCCGCCGCGGCGUCGGUCCCGGAGUCACCGCCGUCUUCCCCCGCUUCUCGUACCCCGACGUCAACUUCUGGAUCUGGGUCUUCGGCCGCAGGUACCGCCAGGUCGUGCGUGCGUGGGAGGAGAGCGUUCACGGCCCUGACCGUGCGAGCGACAGGCGUGUGAACUGGUCGGGCGCUGCUCUAUCGACGUUCUACGCCGCGGUGCGGAAUGCGUUAGUCGUCGCGAUUCUGCUCCGCGGCCUGGCCACGCUCGGCGGUGUCGCCGGUCUGACCUGGUGGCUCUUCCGCCACCUGGGCGCGAGCAGCGCCGAACUGUAA